ACUGAAUCCUCAAAUUUCAACCCAAACUCACCUUUAGGAGAAAAGGGAGAAAAAAAGAAAUAACACCGGGACAUCUCUUCCUCAAUCCGCCGGUGUCCGCCGUCGCAUUUUUCAGCAUCACUCACCGGAUAAUUAUACGUCAACUCAUCGUCGAUCAUGCCGGAAGACACCCUUCCCAUAGACUAUGUAAUGGAAGCCGCCUCCGGACCUCACUUCUCUGGCCUCCGACUCGAUGGACGUCUCGCCUCUCCGCCGUCUUCCUCAACUUCCUCUCCGGCUCACCGCUCUUCUUUUUUAUCUUCCUUUGCACAGGCCGAUACCAACUCUCCCAGGCAGCCCUUUGUCAUCGGUGUUUCUGGAGGUACCGCUUCUGGGAAGACGACGGUGUGUGACAUGAUUAUCCAGCAACUUCAUGAUCACAGGGUUGUGCUGGUCAAUCAGGACUCGUUUUACCGCGGGUUGACAGCUGAGGAACUAGAACGCGUACACGAGUAUAACUUUGAUCAUCCUGAUUCUUUUGACACCGAGCAGCUUGUAGAUUGUAUCGAGAAGCUAAAGAGUGGCCAACCUUACCAUGUCCCAAUUUAUGAUUUUAAAACUCACCAACGCUGUGUAGAUAGUUUUCGACAGGUCAAUGCAUCUAAUGUUAUCAUCUUGGAAGGUAUUUUGGUUUUCCAUGACCAAAGAGUCCGCAAUCUGAUGAAUAUGAAGAUAUUUGUUGACACAGAUCCUGAUGUGAGGCUUGCUCGUAGAAUUAGACGUGAUACGGUAGAAAGGGGCAGGGACAUUAACUCUGUUCUUGAACAGUAUGCCAAGUUUGUAAAACCUGCUUUUGAUGAUUUCAUUCUGCCAUCAAAGAAGUAUGCUGAUGUGAUCAUACCACGUGGGGGUGAUAACCAUGUUGCAAUUGAUUUGAUUGUGCAACACAUCCAUACUAAGUUAGGCCAGCAUGACCUAUGCAAAAUAUACCCCAAUGUUACUGUCAUUCAGUCAACAUUUCAGAUAAGAGGCAUGCAUACAUUAAUUCGAGAUCGGGACAUUUCAAAACAUGAUUUUGUAUUCUAUUCAGAUCGACUCAUUCGUCUGGUUGUGGAGCAUGGCCUUGGCCAUUUGCCAUUUACUGAAAAACAAGUGAUCACUCCUACGGCAUCUGUAUACACUGGGGUUGAUUUCUGCAAGAAACUAUGUGGAGUAUCCAUUGUUCGGAGUGGUGAAAGCAUGGAAAAUGCAUUGCGUGCAUGUUGCAAAGGGAUAAAAAUUGGGAAGAUUCUGAUUCACCGUGAGGGAGAUAAUGGGAAGCAGCUGAUAUAUGAGAAAUUACCUAGUGAUAUAUCAGAGCGACAUGUCCUGCUCCUAGAUCCCGUUCUUGCUACUGGCAACUCAGCUAAUCAAGCAAUUGAUCUACUCAUACAAAAGGGAGUUCCAGAAGCGCACAUCAUAUUCCUGAACUUGAUCUCUGCCCCUGAGGGAAUUCACUGUGUUUCCAAACGCUUCCCAUCCUUGAAAAUUGUCACUUCUGAGAUCGAUGUUGGAUUGGACGAAAAUUAUCGUGUCAUACCCGGCCUAGGUGAAUUUGGUGAUCGUUACUUCGGUACCGAUGAUUAGUUAUGCAUCUAGCUGGUUGGAAAGUAUCACAUAGCUCAGUGAAUUAGAUAAAAAUCCAUGAAUUAAUCAUUGUGGAAGAUCAGCUGCAGAUUUUCUUAGAGAUUCAGCAGUAGUCUUACCAAACUGUAGAUGAAGUAUUCAACAUUAAACUCAAUUUGUGCGGUAGAAAUUAUCGAAUCAUUGAUGUGAACCCAGACACGAGUGAAGGAAUCUAUUUUUUGUUGAAAGAUUAUGUCUAUGAUUACAAAUUCAAAUAAGAUUUUUAGUUCUAAUCAUGAAAGCAAAGAUUGCAAUCUAGUUGUAAAAGUCAGAAUGGCUCUCUCUAAUGCUGAAUAAAUUGAACAGUUUGGUGCCAAAGGUGUUGGCUUUUUGUAUUUGUGUUUUGUUAGCUCAAAAGGCAAAAAGAAUAUCACGAGGAGGUUUGAUUGGAUCCUUGAAUCCCCAUGUAAAUGUAUUGAUAGAUAUUGAAGAAUAUCGAAACCGUCACUUUGCUA